AUGAGAGUCUCUUUCAUAGUUUUCUCGACCCAAGCAAACGUCCUGCUGCCGCUGACGGGAAACAGAGCCCACAUUGAGGAGGGCCUGCAGCGUCUGCGGGACGUGAGACCAGCCGGUGAAACCUACAUGCACGAGGGAAUCAAAGAGGCGACGGCUCAGAUGCAGCAGCAGCCGACCAAGUCCUCCAGCAUCAUCUUGGCUUUAACAGACGGGAAGCUCGGGGUUUACGUCCACGAACUCACCGUGCAGCAGGCUGACGAGGCGAGGAAACACGGCGCUCGUGUUUAUUGUGUGGGCGUCAAGGACUUUGACGAGCUCCAGCUUGCUGAAAUCGCAGACUCCAAAAACAACGUGUUUCCUGUCAAAGAUGGCUUCCACGCUCUCAAAGGCGUCAUCAACUCUAUAUUAAAGCGGUCGUGCACGGAGAUCCUGAGCGUGGAGCCCUCCACUGUGUGUGUGAAUCAGUCCUUCAGCAUCGUGCUCAGAGGGAACGGCUUUGCCCUCGGACGCAGCAACGAAGACGUCGUCUGCAGCUUCAUAGUGAAUCAGCAAACCAUCAAUCAGAAGCCGAGCAUUGUGGGUAACGAUUAUCUGCAGUGUCCUGCUCCCGUGCUCUACGAUGUCGGACAAACGAUGGAUGUCCUUAUCAGCCUCAACAAUGGCAAGACAUUUAUCUCAGGUGCCCACACCAUCACUGCGUCCACAUGUUCUGAUGGGUUGGUGAUAGUUAUCCUGGUGCUUCUGGCUCUUGUGGCUUUGGCCCUCAUGUGGUGGUUCUGGCCUCUCUGCUGCACCGUGGUCAUCAAAGACCCUCCGCCACCUCCUCCACCUUCUCGUCCCCCUCCACCUGAACCUGAACCGCUGCCAAAGAACAAAUGGCCGACUGUGGAUGCCUCGUAUUAUGGAGGAAGAGGAGCCGGAGGGAUCAAACGCAUGGAGGUGCGCUGGGGAGAAAAGGGUUCGACUGAGGAGGGGGCCCGGCUGGAGAUGGCCAAAAAUGCAAAAGUGUCCAUACCUGAGGACGUGGAGGAGCCGAUGAGCAAACGUCCAGUUCCAAAAUCUGCCCCUCCCAACCGUCAGGCUGAGAACAAAUGGUACACUCCCAUCAAGGGUCGUCUUGAUGCUGUGUGGGCUUUACUGAGGCGGCAGUACGAUCGGGUCUCCAUCAUGCGUCCCACCUCUGCAGACCAGGGCCGGUGUCUGAACUUCAGCCGUGUGCCGCAUCAUCCGAUGAGCAGAGCUGCCGUGUGAAGCCGCCGGGGUGACGCAGGGACCCGCUUCAGGGCUUUUUUAUUUCUCUUUCUGACGACAAACCACUGCGUGCUCGCUCUGUGCACAAAGUUUCCCCUCUCUGCUCGCAGAUCUUUAAACCGGACGUAUUUACCGCCUUUCCCCUGACGCCGAGCGCGCCGCAGAACUCCACGCUCAGUGUGUUGCUGCUCACCAGCGCUUCACGUAUUCUCACCGUAUCGUGCCGUCUGCGGAGAAAAAACUCAUUUAUGGACACAGACGGAAGCUAUCUUAAAAAAACAUCAACAAAUAGAAGGAACCGGGGCGACGAGCUGCUUCUUUGGCCUGGAAGUCAGAAUGUUCCCGGCGGGCCUCGCGGGUCCGUUUGCUUUCAGCGACGUCUCAUCACGACUCUUCUGAGUUCAUCAGUCGGCGCCCGGCGGCCGCGCUCCGACCCGCUCAUCCUGUCAUUUUAUCACUGAGGAGUGCACACGCAUGACAAACUGGAGACAGGACGCCCCAAGGUGUUGGACGGCACCAAGACUCUGCCCUUCGGUUGGUGUUUUUUUUAAACAUACCUUCCUUUCAUUACGAGCCGAGGACCAGAGAAUUAAUAGAGCGUUAUCCGGCCGCAGGACAGCAUUCGGCCCCGGACGAGCUCCAGCCACGUUUGAGGGAUUGAUGCCUUCCAGACCUUGACACGGCGCGUGGUGUUUUGUC